AUGAAUGAGAUCGUUUCCGCGAUGGAAAAAGAUCUCCGGGAUGUUGAUAAUCUCGCGAAAUAUUUAGAUCAACUGCUAAGAGCUGCGGAAACAGAAAAAAACGUAGAUCAUUUUCAAAAUGCACUCAAUUGUGUUAAUAAUUCUGUAAAAAUCAAUCAAAAAGUAAAUACAUAUGAUCAAGCAGUCAUAAAUUUCUAUCAUCAAUUAGUUUCUAUGAAAUCUUGUCAAAGACUUGUAAAUUCAGUUCCAAUUCAUUCGUUUUUAACAAAUUUAUUAAUUUCGUGCCGAGAUAGACCACGAGAAUCGUCAGAUAUACUAUCAGUAAUUGGAAUUACAAUAGAUGAUCCAAGAGUUUGCCCAUAUUAUUCAAAUUCUCAAUUUAUUUCGCAAUUAGUUUAUAUAGCACGCUUAAAUUCGAAGCAAUACAAGAUUGUCAAAAAGGUCUGCAAAAUUACACAAUAUUUAGAUCCAAGACUUGGAGCAGAAUAUAAAGAUCUUUGCACAGUCAUUGUUUUGAUUUCAAGAUCGCUUAAUCCGCAAGAUCCAAAACAAUUAUCAUUCAUGUCAGCAUUUGCUCAAGUUUCUAACGAAAAAGUUUUACUUGAAGUCGGAAAUAUCGCAAUUCCACUUUUUACCGAAAUUUGCAUGAAACAACCUUCGAAUUUCAAAAUCUGCAAAUGCUUAUUUACAAUUGCAUCGAAAUGUCAACCAGAUCAGUUCGAUAAACAAAUAAUUCAAUUAAUUGAUUACCAAUCCAAACAAAUCAGAGAUGAUCCAUCAACACUAUCUUCAGCAAUAAGUAUAUUAAGCAGUAAAGUAAAUCCGCAUGAAAUGCCUGCUUUUGUUGUUCCAAUUUCUUAUUCUGCUUUACAAAUUUUCUUUUCAGACAAAAAAGUCAUUGAAGAUUCAUUGACAGUUUGUUUCCGAGGAUUAACAGCUACAAAUCAGAAUAACCAUGUCUCAACUAGUAUUCCUGCUAUCAUCACUUCUAUAAUGUCUCAAUAUAUCCAUGAGAAAGGAAUUGUUAGAAGAUGUGCUGCAAUUUUGCACACUUUAAGUGCUGAUCCAGAAAAUGAUAAUGCAUUAAUUUUCUCUGCUGCCGCUCAAUCACUUGUUCAAGCUAUUAGCUCAAACACAGAUGACCAGCACACAAUAGUUUUAUGUACAUCAUCAUUAAACAAUGUCAUUUUAGAAAAUAGAACUUUGGCAACUCAAAUUUCGACUCCUGAAAAUAUCCAAUUAUUCCAAAAUUUGGCUAAAAGUUAUCCAAAGAAUGCAAAGAUUAUCAAGCAUAUUGUUAUGAUUGUUCAAUCUAUAAUUUUGGCACAAUAUGAAAUGAUUCAAUUCAUUGAUCUUCCAAAGGAUACAAAGAAGAGAUAUCAAAUUGAUUCGAAAUAUAUAAUUCCUUCACUAAAAAGUGAUAGUGAUGAUGAUGUUUUUGUUAAAGCAAGUUUACUUGUUAUGUCUCCAAGAACACAAAUAACAGAUACUAUUUCUUCUUUGAUGAUGAAAUUCUCAAGUGAUUAUGAUAUUGUUAUUGAAUGUUUAUCAUUAGGAAUCAAAGAUAUUGGAAUAAUUAACCGAGCUUUAAUAACAACAGGAGAAGAUGGUUUUAGAUUUGUUGCAGAGACAUUACAACAAACAGAAGAAGCAAUCCCGAUGCAAACUAUUUCUCUUUUGCUUUCAUUGGAUAAUCCUGAUGCUGUUUCAAUUCUUUUGCAUCAGUUAGAGUGCGGAAAUGAUUCAGUAAUUGCAAGUCAGUUUUCACUUCAGUUUAAUUCACAAACAGUAUUGGCAAAGAAACUUUUGGAACGUGGUUUGUGGUUGCCAGGUGAAGAUUCUGUAAAUAUUGUUUUAGAUAGUCUUUGCUUUGCAAGAAAUGAUGCAAACUUAGUUGCUGAUGUUUUAGAUUUAUGUGCAAUUAUUGGUUUGACAAGACAAAUGUUUCCAAUUCUUUUAGAUUUAAUUGGAAGACAUCCAUCAUGUCCUGAUGUUGUUGAAACAUGUAUUAAGUUUGCUUUGAGAUUCCCUGUUGACCAAGAAACAGGCCGCGUUUGCAAAGAUUAUAACUCAAUUAUUAAUGUUUCAACAGCUCUCUCAAAGAUGGAUAAAAACGAGAAAAUUUCAUAUUUAUUAUUAACUUUUCUUGAUAUUGUUGCACCAUCAAAUGAUUUGGCAUCUCAAUUCUCAGAACCAAUGGUUUUAUCAGCGAUUGCUAAAGCUGCUCAAUUAUCAGAUCGUUGUGCAGUUGAAGCAAGUAGAAUUUUCUCUAAUUUGUCACAAAGUCAAAUCACAGUUGAUAUCCUUUCAAAACUUGGAGCAUUGGAUAUUGCUUUCAAGAGUUUUGGACCUGGAUCAUAUCUAUUAGUUCAUAAUUUAGUAUCGAAAGGUUGCAAAUUGAACAAUGAACAGAUUGAUUUAAUCAUGAAUGAGUUUGAUGAUCAUGCUUCUUCGUAUAUGCCUGAAACUGCAUUUUCUCUUUUAGAAUUAAUGCUUGAUUUGAUCGAAACUGAAGAUAAACUAUCAAGAUUGCCGAGUAAGAAAUCAUUAUGUCAAGUUUUCUCAACAUUUUCAACUAAUCCAAAUGUUGUUGAAAUGGCUGCUCGUGUUGCUUUUUAUUUGAAACUUGAAAACGAUGACGAUGAAAUUGUUUUUGCUUUGUCAAAUGCUCUUAAAGCAAAUGCAAAUGUUUUCAGAGCUGUUUUCGCUAUAGUUAAUGUUUAUUCGACAGUUAAUCGCAUGGAUGUUCCAAGUUUAGAUUCUCCUUCUGUUGUACAAGGUUUAGUUGAUGUUGCUGAAAUUUAUCAAGGGGAUUCUGCAAUUGUUGUUCCAAUUCUAACGAUUUUACGUGGAAGAAAAGAAGCUGUUAAAGUUGCAUGCCAAUGUUUGAAUCAUUUCAAAGGUGAAGAAGAUAUUGCUGCAACAGCACAGUAUUUGUUGUCAUGUGGUCAAUGUGAUUACACAAAGUAUAUCCAAGAUAUUAUCAACACAAUCGCAUCUCAUCAAAAUUCAUUUGAUAUUGUUACUUGUUUGGCUCCUGUUAUUUAUUUCGCUGCUGAAAACGAAAAGAUACAUAAGCAUAUCAUUGCUGCAUUGCCAGUCUUAUUAGAUGCAACAUCUCGUUUUGUUUCAAGUAACAGAUUAUCAAGAGCUAUUCCAGCUAUUGUUUAUAAAUUAUCUGAGAAUUUAGAUAUGAUUCCGAAGCUUGAAGAUGCUCCUCCAAAGAUAGCUACAAUUCUCAAAGCAUGGCCUAAUGAUCCACAAAUAAAUCAAGCUACAUCAGGUAUUAUUGUUAAUUUUGCAAGUGCUGGAUGUGCUGAAUUAUUUAGAUGUUGUCUUCCAAUGAUUUUGCAGCGCUUGGACAAAUAUGAAUUAAUUGAAACAACUUGUGAAUCUGUUCAAGCAAUGGCAAGUGUUUGUGGAGCUUAUGCACCUGUAAUCACUGAUAAACUCUUCAAUAUUCUUGUAACAGCUUUAUCAGAAAAUCAUGAUAAAGAUGAAGAAGAGGAUGAAGAAAAUGCUAAACUUCAAAAUACUGUUUCUGAAACAUUACAACAUUUAGCAAAGAAUGACAAUGUUGAAGGCUGUGUUUAUGCAAAGCUUAAAGAUGUUUUCGAAAUCCUUAAAACCGAUGCUGCAGAUGAUUUGAAGAUCAACAUGAUCAACUUCUGUAUGAAUCUUCAUAGUGUUAGACGCAUUGAUGACUUCAAACCAUUCAUGGAAGACUUAAUGAAAAUCCUUGAAGGACCAAAAUUGAAAGUUGCAACUGCUGCUGGACAAUUAAUGCUACAAAUUGCUCGUCUAAAGCCAGACUUAGUUGAUCCAUUCUUAAAUAGAGUAAUGGCUGUUGGAAAGGUAUCAAGUGGCGAUCAACUUCGUGUUUGCAUUGCAAUCAAAGAUCAAAUCUUCGGAAUUAAGAAGGCAUAA